AUUUCUUGAUCAUCCCAAGAAAUUUUCUGUUUUUCUGUGCGUUUGAUCUAAUCAAAGGUGGAUGUUUGUGAUAUACUGGUACUAGAAAAGGAUGACAGUGGGAGCAGGGAUUUGUGUGAGUGAUGGGAAGUUGAUGGUGUUGGGGAACUGCAUUCUGCAUGAUGUUUAUGAUAACAUUGUGGUGUCUCCGGCCUCGGGAGGUGGAUUGUCCAAUGGAGCUUUCAUCGGGGUUGCAUCUGAUCAGAUGGGGAGCCGCAGGGUGUUUCCCGUUGGCAAGCUUGAGGGCUUGCGCUUUAUGUGUGUUUUCCGUUUCAAAAUGUGGUGGAUGACACACAGGAUGGGUAACUGUGGGCAAGAUAUCCCCUUUGAGACCCAAUUUUUGAUUGUUGAAGUAUGCGAAGGAUCUCAUUUUGACGAGGGAAGCGAACAACAAUCUUCCCUAUAUGCUGUAUUUUUACCACUUCUUGAGGGGAAUUUCAGGGCUGUUCUUCAAGGCAAUGAAAGAAAUGAGAUAGAGAUAUGUUUGGAAAGUGGAGAUCCUGCUGUUGAUGAGUUUGAAGGAACUCAUUUGGUUUUUGUAGCAGCUGGACCAAAUCCAUUUGAUGUCAUCACCAAUGCAGUAAAGACCGUGGAGAAACAUCUACAGACCUUUUCUCAUCGUGAGAGGAAGAAGAUGCCAGAUAUGUUGAACUGGUUUGGCUGGUGUACAUGGGAUGCUUUCUACACUGAUGUCACUUCAGAGAGCGUGAAGGAAGGCUUAGAGAGCUUGGAGAAAGGUGGAAUUCCUCCAAAAUUUGUUAUUAUUGAUGAUGGGUGGCAAUCUGUUGCCAUGGAUCCUAAUGGCACUGAAUUCAAAGCUGAUAAUGCAGCCAACUUUGCAAACAGAUUAACACAUAUCAAAGAGAAUCACAAAUUUCAGAAAAAUGGCAAGGAGGGGUACAGAAUUGAAGAUCCAGAUCAGGGACUACGCCACCUUGUUACUGACAUUAAAGAAAAACAUGCCUUGAAGUAUGUGUAUGUAUGGCAUGCAAUAACCGGGUACUGGGGAGGUGUUAGACCAGGUGUCACUGAAAUGGAACACUAUGAAUCCAAGUUAGCUUAUCCUGUUCAAUCUCCUGGAGUUGAGUCAAACGAACCUGAUGAAGCCUUGAACAGCAUAAUUGAGAAUGGCCUUGGCCUUGUUAACCCUGAGAAGGUUUUCAACUUUUACGAUGAACUUCAUUCCUACCUUGCAUCAGCUGGUAUUGAUGGUGUCAAAGUUGACGUUCAAAACAUCCUUGAAACUCUUGGGGCAGGCCAUGGGGGAAGAGUAAAACUUGCUAGAAAAUACCAUCAGGCUUUAGAGGCAUCUAUUGCUCGAAACUUCCUUAACAAUGAUAUAAUCUCUUGCAUGAGUCACAACACAGAUGGUUUGUACAGUGCAAAACGGACAGCUGUUAUUAGGGCAUCUGAUGACUUCUGGCCAAGAGAUCCAGCAUCUCACACAAUUCAUAUUGCAUCUGUUGCUUUCAAUACUGUUUUUCUUGGGGAAUUUAUGCAGCCAGAUUGGGAUAUGUUUCAUAGCCUUCACCCAAUGGCUGAAUACCAUGGAGCAGCUCGUGCUAUUGGGGGAUGUGCAAUCUACGUCAGUGACAAGCCAGGACAUCAUGACUUUAACUUACUCAGGAAGCUUGUACUUCCUGAUGGCUCUAUAUUGAGAGCCAAACUUCCAGGAAGACCUACAAGGGAUUGCUUGUUUAAUGAUCCUGCCAGAGAUGGGAAAAGCCUUUUAAAGAUUUGGAAUGUAAACGACUUCACUGGAGUUGUGGGGAUCUUCAACUGCCAAGGAGCCGGGUGGUGCAAGGUUGGGAAGACAAACCUUAUUCAUGAUGAGCAACCUGGCACAAUAACAGGAUUUGUGAGGGCUAAAGAUGUUGAUUAUCUGCCUAAAGUAGCCCAUGAAGGAUGGAAUGGAGAUGCCAUCUUUUAUUCCCAUCUUGGUGGAGAAGUUGUCUAUCUUCCAAGCAACACAUCAAUGCCAAUAACUGUCAAGGCCCGGGAAUAUGAAGUGUUUACAGUAGUUCCUGUUAAGGAAAUGUGGAACGGGGUUAAAUUUGCUGCUAUUGGUUUAAUCAAGAUGUUCAACUCAGGUGGAGCCAUAAAGGACUUAAGAUAUGAAUCGGAGCAAAUUGCAAGUGUGAGCCUAAAAAUUCGAGGGUGUGGCCUUUUUGGAGCUUAUUCAUCCUCCAGACCAAAGAGAAUUACAGUUGAUUCAGAAGAAGCAGACUUUGAAUAUGAAGAAGCAUCCGGUUUGGUUACUUUUUCCUUGGGAGCUCCUGAGAAAGAGUUGUACCUGUGGAGCAUAGGGAUUGAUAUAUGAUUUAACCAAAUUUUUUGUUCUGUUCGUUGUUGUUAGUCUCUAUAUGUAUAUUUAAGCAAUGCUAGAUGACUAUUUUAGAAGAUAAGUUAGCCGGUAUCAACUGCGUUACUCUUAUAUGUAUUUGUACUUAGGGAUCAUAUUGACAAUGGGGGCCAAAAAACAUCAUAAUAUUGAUUAUGGUGCAGGAGGUCACCGAUCAUUUUUAAAUAAAAAAUAAUGGUUUCU